ACUGCUGAGCCCUGAUUUCUGCUGUUUCUGCCCCGGUUCGUCGACUUCAUUUUCUCCAUGAGGGGACGUCCGACCGCGAUGACAUGUGGAGGUGAAUUGGCAGACAAGGUCAGCCAGGUGAUUUCUGAACUGGUUCCUGUGCCGGCUGACUGGCCUGCAGCUCCUGUCGGUUCCUGUGCAGUACAGUAAAGCAACUUGCCCAGUCAGAAGAUCACAAUGAAACCAGCUCAGGAGCGGAACCAGGAGUCCCUGCCUCCAAAGAAGAGGGACCUCCCACCUAGUGACAGCGGAGGUGGAUCUGGAGCAAGCGGGGGGGCUGGGGCUACAGCUGGAAGUGGUGCCGGUGGUACCGGUGGUACAGGUGGGGGUAUUGGAGAAGAUGAAGUGGUUUCCAUCCAGAACUCUGCGGCCAACAGUGACACUCAGGGAGGGAACCCACCUGCAGAGUGGCUGCGAGCUCAGCAAGGACUUCAUUAUGGGAUGGAUAAUUCUGAUGGCAUCCCAGCAGUCCCUGUUGACCAGUACAGCAUGCUCUACAAAGUGGCUCUUCCGUCUGUUACCUACUCGCCCACCAGUCUUCACCCAGUGUUGAGCCACAUCUCUCCAGCCUACACUGUUCAUUCUCCUCUCCUGCAGCACCCAGGACUGUCCUAUCCUCCUCUGGGCUACACCCAGAUCCCUCACUCCUCUCUGCAGUUUGUCAGUUCCCCCUACGCAGCGGUACCUUACGCUCUCCCCCCUGGCUUUGUCCCGGGAUCGUUGAUCUCUCCUUCAGGCACCAUCUCUCAGUCCCAUCUGGUUCCCUAUCCAUCUGUCAUACAGGAGGGGGUUGUUUCCCCACCUCCCCAGGCCCAGGUAGCUGCUCAUACAUUUGCCAAAGUUGCAGCAUCCAGUGGUGUCCCGAUGAUGCUGCAGUCCGAGCAAGCUGCCCAGCAGCACCUCAGUGCUGUGGGGGUCCUGCCCGGAGCUGAGCUCAGCUCUCGAGGGAUGCCAGUCUUCUACCACACUCAGGGCGCCAGGGCUGCCAUUGCCAUCCGAGACCUCCACAAUGCCCAGCAGGAGAAUGAACCAGAGAUGAAUGGAAGGGAUAAAGAGCAGAUAGCCCGGGAGGUUGCACUGGACUCGGCCUACGCUGCCAGAAAUGUACGUCUGCUGCAGGUAGCACCGAUCACUGCAGCUCAGGAGCACAUCCAGGACAGAGGUCUGCAGAACCGGAGGCUGGAGGAGAGGAGCUCACCUGGCCAGCGCAGCACUCCAGACAGUGACCUGGAGGUGCAGCAGGUGGUUGGUCGUUUGAUUCCCUCUAACCAAGGUGGGAGUGGCGUGCGGAAAGAGGUCUCCUUCGCUCCCCUGAACCUCUCUCAGGGUCACCAGAGAUCCAGAGAGAUCCACGGAGAGAGCACGGGCAUCAACUUCAGCCGGACGGCGUACGCGGUGCAGGCGAGCUACAGUGACCCCAGAGUGACCGGUCUCCAGCAGCAAUCAGGACAGCAUGCUGUUGUGCUUGCCAAUGGGCAACCGGUUCUUAUUCCCCUGGAGUAUCACCUGCAGCAUCAUCCCCAAGCACCACAGCAACACUACCCAGAACUGGUUAAUGAUGCCCCAGCCAGCCAUGCCUCCACCAUCAUGGCCUCUUUCAACCCAAACUUUAAAGCCUCCGAUUCUUCAGCCAGAGUGUGCCUCUCUGAAAAGGCGGAGCCGCCCACAGCUCCGCAGCAGCUGGCCCAUCAUCCUCCUGUCCAGCCUUCAGCAGAUAUAACUCAGGCCUUAGCUUCAAGCCUCGCUCCCGCCGCCACUCCCAGCAACCCGUCGCACUUCAUGAAGGGCGCCAUUAUCCAGCUGGCAACUGGGGAACUGAAGCGUGUGGAGGACCUGCAGACUCAGGACUUUGUGCGGAGCGCGGAGGUGAGCGGGGGGCUUAAGAUUGACUCCAGCAUGGUGGUGGACAUCCGAGCCAGCCAGCAGAGAGCAGGUCUCGUGUCGCUUCACUUCACUGUUGGUGAGCAGCAGAGCAAAGUGACCAUCGACGUGCCUCCGGAGCAUCCCUUCUUUGUGUUCGGGCAAGGCUGGUCGUCCUGCAGCCCCGAGCGCACGGCCCAGCUGUACGGCCUGGCCUGCCAUCAUCUGCAAGUGGGAGAUGUGUGUGUGUCCAUCACCCUGCAGCAGCAGCAGCAGCUUCAGCCCCAGCAGCAGAAACAACCACAGCACAAUCAUUCACAGCAGCAACAACAGCAGCAGCAGCAGCAGAACCUGUCCAGGACUUUGAGCAAAACUAACGCCACAUCAGGACUUAGUCACCAGCUCAUGGGGCCUCCUGCCCCCCAGCAGUCACGGCCUCAGUCCCAUUUCAGGAUAGACCGCAUCCACAGAGAAAGACAGAGGGAUGGGGAGAAAGACAUGGCUGAUAAGGAGGAAGCAACCUAUUUGGGGGUUAUUGGCCACACUGAGUCGCACAUCAGACCAAGUAGGACCUCAGCAGAGCAUCCGAGGAGCCAGAGCAGUUACCACUUGCACACAGAAGGCUCUGCUUUUGCAGGGGCAGGGAUGGGAGCAAUGCAUCCUUCGCUCGGUGCCUCUCAGAGACGCUGGUCCUCACCUGGCCUCCAAAGAUUCAGUAUGAAGGGAGACGAAGGGCCACGCCCUCAGAUAAGCAACUCCGGCCACAUAAGACCCUCGUUCAUCCCCCAGGAGGUCAAACUGUCCAUAGAGGGGCGCUCUAAUGCAGGGAAGUAGCAUCACGUUUGGUAGCAAAUAUAGAAGAGACUGCCAUCAGUAAGAAUGAGUCUGACGAGGAGAGAAAGAGGAAACAAAGAGUGUGAAUGUAGCCUCAGAAUGUUUGAGAUUUUGCACACCUAAAAUAUACAAAAAAAUACAAGAUCUUUCUGUGUCUGGUGAGAAGUUCUGGUUUGUUUUGGUUGUCACUCGGCCAAAGGAUCGGAGCCAGUGCUUUCCCAGCCAGCUGAGGGCUGAUGGGGACAUGAGAAGCUGAGUCGAAAGUAUGUAGCUGAUGAAAUGCCUACCAUAGUCCUUACACACUGCAUUUCUCUUCCUCCCUCCCUCCUUUGUCGCCACUUCCUCAUACCCAUGCUUGGAGGUUCCCAUCGCAUUCAAAACAGUCUCGCUUCCUUUUUGACCAAACUGUCUCUUUGGAAGACGACGGACUACAAAGAAUGUGUUUGUAGCACAGUAACGCUACCGACUCUGGAAAGAUCACAGCCAGGGACCUUUGAUCUCCAUGCCCAGGAUCCCGUUUACUUCAAAAGCAUUUACCCAAAAAAGAAAGAGUGGAGUUGCUGAUAUCAGCUGCUCCUCUGGUGAUGUCUGCACUGUUGACGCUAACUGUCAGUGUAUGUUACAUUAUGCUUCUCCGACAGGAGUCUGAAACCUCUGCUGUCAGCAGAGGUUCCCCC